AUGAACCUUUCGGCAUUCUCAGGGGGAGCCGACCUCGCAGUUACUAAAAAUUGGAUACAGGAAAUUAAGAAAUUACUAACGGUGCUGCACUGCACUGAUGAACAGAGGGUACUUUAUGCCACGUACAGGCUGAUGGAUAAGGCCGAGAGGUGGUGGACAACUGUGAAAUUGCUUAAGGAGCAGCGGACGAUACUAGUAGCCAUGAGCUGGUGUCAAUUUAUAGAAAUUUUCUUUGAUCGAUACUUCCCUGCCAUCAUCAGAGAAGCCAAAGUGGAGGAAUUCCUGAACUUGACCCAGGGGCAUUUGACGAUUCAGCAGUACUUAGCAAAGUUUAUUGAGCUGUCGCACUUUGCCCCAUACAUUGUACCAGAAGGCUAA